AUGGCUUCAAGGUUAUUUCAGGGUAUUGGAGCACUGGCAGUCCAGGCCUUGAGGGCCUAUAGCUCAGCUUGGGCUGCUGCUCUCUCCAUGAUGAGCAGAGGAGGCAUCCCUUCUAAUGAAGAGGAGGCUGCUGGUUUGGAGAGAGUGAUUAUGAUGGCUGCAAGGAAUGAUUUGGAUCUCUCCAGUAUGUUAGUCCAAAAGGCAGCUCCAGGGACUAAAGAGGAGUCAAACCUGGUCCCUUCCAUCAUCAUUGACAAGAGAAUAGUUGGCUGUAUCUACAAAGAGGACAACAAUGCAGUCAUCUGGUUCUCACUUUACAAAGGUGAGACACAGCAUUGCCCUAACUAUGGAACCCAUUACAAGCUGGUACCCUACCAGUUCAACCACUGA